UGCUCUGUGUCCUGUGGGAAGGGUUUAAAGGAACGCGAAAUCUAUUGCAUUAACAACUUCCAAAUUAAACUAGGGGAGAAUACUUGCAAACAUUUAAGGAAGCCUCGAACUCACAAAGCUUGCAGAACUAUCAGAUGCCCAGAAUGGAAGACUAACAGGUGGAAUGAGUGUUCUGUGAGCUGUGGAGAAGGUGUACAGCAUCGGGAUGUUUUCUGUAACAUUAGAGGCAGCGGCCGAGUUAAUAAAAUGAUGUGUGGUCACCUCACUCAACCGUCUAAUAAAAGGCUCUGCAGGCAGGCCGAGUGUGCCCAGUACCGAUGGUUGCCUAAUGAAUGGCUAGAAUGUUCAUGUCAGAAAAAGGAAAUACACCGGAAAGUGAAGUGUGUGGAUGAAAAUAAGAACCAAGUGAAUGAAAUGCUGUGUGAUCUUGCAACCAAACCUCCAUCCAGCAAAAAAUGCAGAAUGGCGUCCUGCAAAUAUCUUGUAAUGACAGUUGAUGUCUCACAGUGUCCAGCAGGUUGUUAUCUUCAGUUCCAUCAGACAAUCACAUACUGUAUUAAAGCUGAUGAUGCCUGGAACAGACAUGCUCAUGGCCUUCGAUCAGCAACUUACUCAAGCUGCCCAGUGGUGCAAUCAUCAUCGGUUAACGAAUGCAACAUCAGGACUUGUCUCCAUGCUGCAACUUGGAAAGUGGGGAAAUGGAGUAAGUGCUCAGUGCUUUGUGGAACAGGGACAACAGAAAGAAACGUCCAGUGUCUGAUGGAAAAUGGUUCAUCCAGUGACUUGUGUUUGUCCCAUUUAAAACCUGUGGCUAGAAAAUUAUGUCAUGUGAAAGACUGUGAGACAACAACCAGCUGCAAAGAAAUCCAGAUUAGAAAAAAAAUCCAAAAGGAUGGUGAAUAUAUGCUUAAUGUAAAGGGAAAAAUAAUAAAGAUUUAUUGCUCAGAUAUGCAGCUAGAAAAUCCCAAAGAAUAUUUAACACUGGCUAAAGGAGAAGCAGACAACUUUUCAGAAGUAUAUGGAUAUCGGUUACAUAAUCCAUAUGACUGCCCUUUUAAUGGGAGUAGACAUCAAGACUGCGCCUGCCGAAAUGACUACCCUGCAGCUGGCUACACCAUUUUUAGAAAAAUAAGAAUUGAUCUCAAUUCCUUAGAAAUUAAAACUACUGAGUUCCAGUUUGCUCACACCAUAUUUGGAAAGCCUGUUCCUUUUGCCACAGCUGGAGACUGUUACAGCGCUGCUCAGUGCCCACAGGGGCAAUUUGGCAUCAAUUUGGCAGACACUGGCCUGAGAUUAUCUACUAAAACAACAUGGAUUGCUCAGGGAAAUUAUGCCACUGUUCAGAUACAUAAAUCUCAAAACGAUACUAAAAUAUAUGGAAGAUGUGGAGGAUUCUGUGGGAAAUGUAUUCCUAGUGGAAAUACUGGUCUUCAACUUCAAAUACUGUAAUAAAACAGGCAGAGAAAACAAAUCAGAAAGAUUAUAUUGAAGGUGCUGUUUCCUUAGUUCUUCAACUCAGUAGUGGUUACUCAGAAUUAGUUCGUGUCUUUCUUUGUUCGUAGAAGGGACUCAAGUGUGUGCUUCCACAAUUCUUGGUGUGUAAGUAUAGGAAUAAACUGCAGAUGUCAAUUUAUACAUUUCUGUAAAGACACUAGAUGGGAUCCAAAGACUGCACAAAGGAGACUGGUGGAAAAGGGCUUUCUGUUCUUCUCUUCCUCUGUUAACCCCACCCCACUCUGACAAGACUAUCCGUAUGGGGUGAGGAACCUUUCUGAAUAGUGAAAAAUGGGGUGAUUGUAGAAGAAGGAGGAAUUGCCUAGAUAAGAUGGAGAUAAAUUCAUAUGGUGUAAAUUCAGUCAAACUGACUAUGCAUUAUUUUUGGCUAGCUCAACCAGUACAUAUUUUCUGGGUUUAUCCUGCUUCUAGCAUGAGUAUCUUAAAAUCUCAUCAAAUUGAAGGGCAAACUUCCCAUCAAGUUCUAGUC